GAAGUGCACUUUCAUCACGCGGGGGACCGCCCGGUGUGUGUGUUGUCACUUUUUUUAUGGUAACGUUAGAGUAGAAGCGAAGCGAUCAACUUGUGCAUCGGCGUUGAGGACGUUGCUGUUUUAUCUAAGGAGGAUUAACCGUCUAUCCAAAUUUUACGCCAUGAGUAAUUCAAGCUCUAUAUCCAAAGCCGAAUUAAUAGCGGCCUUCUCAUUGACCGCCGGAGCAACUGCGGUUGGCAUCCUGGUGUACCAAACAUUUUUCUCCAAAAGUAAAUGCAGUAAGCCAAAGGUGAACCUGGAUUUGCAGAAGGACAAUCCGAAAGUGGUACAUGCGUUUGAUAUCGAGGACCUGGGAGACAAGGCUGUGUACUGUCGCUGUUGGCGUUCCAAGAAAUUCCCAUACUGUGAUGGUGCCCAUACCAAACAUAACCAAGAGACGGGAGACAAUGUCGGCCCUCUCAUCAUCAAACGCAAAGAGGCAUGAGGGCAAAAGUCACAAACUAUGAUGUCAAGCCUUGGAUGUUUUCGCUGUUCACAAACGCACACCAGUGUCUGUCUUAGUCUGUUUUUUGUUUGUUUGUUUGUUUUUUCAAAUUGGGAUUACUACUUCUCUUUCAAUUCCUGCAAUGUUCUGUGUCUGCCCUUGUCUUUGUUAACCAGAGAGGGAGAGGGGAGUGAAGAGCCAUUGGUCUUUUGUGCAGAAGAGGACAAGCUUGGUCUGACCUUCCUACUGUCCAUACACUAAUGUGAUUGAAUGUGUAAACUGUGAUUGCUGUGCUUGCCUAGUGCCUGGUUUUCGUAUAUUUUAUUUAUCUGUGUGUGUGAUUAGUUUGCUAAAAGGCAUUCUAAAUUUGCACUAAGCCAUCUAUGUGCUGCUUACAGUACGUGUAGGAGAGUUGUCUUAUAGGUCUUGGCCACGAAAGUAAUCAUAUGGCCCUGUCUAUGUUCAGGGGUUGGAUUGGCAUGGAAAGCUCUUCAACGGUUCAUGUCUGUCAUCUUUCAGUUAUUGCAGUGUGUGGAUGUAUGUGAGCUUGUGUUUCUCCCUGGAACAAUGCUUCCUAGUUAAUUUAAUGUGAGAUGUCUUUACAGCAUCACCCUCCAGCACGUAGCCUUAUCUCUAUCAUUGUCAUUUAUUUGUUUAGCUCUUAAGUUCUGCAGUGUUAUUCAAGAGCAGGGUACAUUUUUGUCUUAAACAGCCCGAAUGUGGUCUUGUUUGGUCUAAAAUGAGAGAAUUCCCUCAGAUAAUCCAGUUCCUCAAACUUAGUAUGUUGGCUGUAAUGUGCUUUGUUGCCAAUCCACUGAAGGGUUCAUAUCUUUUUUUCAUGAGAAUGUGGUUUGUGUUGUCCUCAUAAACUGCCAAUUCAGUUAACAUUGACAAACAUGGAAACAUACUUGAUACCAGAUAUUCAACUGAUUUAUUUUAGUGGACAUUGCUUGGUCAGGUUAUUUAUUUACUGAAAUAAAUAAUAUGUCAACCUACUUCAUAGUAUUACUGACCCGUUGUCUUGCACUUGUAGCCUAGUAUUUUUCUGUCUGAGAUGACUUGUUGCCCCAUUUAUGUGUUUUUUCCCCCCUGCAUUUUCUGUAAUCUGAAGACCUAGCUACCAAAUUCUUCAAUCUGUCAAUCAGUUGAAAUUCUUCCGCAAGAUCUAUGUGGUGUACAUCUAUUUCAUGAGCUUGAAGGUGUUUCUUCAUAGCAUGAAUCUACUGUAUUGGUUAAACUUAGCGUUAAGUGAUUUAUAAAACAUCCAUUAUUCCCCUAGAGUAGUUAUUUUUGUACGCAGCCUACUACUACAGCUGCCGCUUCCUUUGAAAGCAAUCAGUGCAAGAAUGUGGCAAGUUGUGAGUUGUUGAUCUGAAAUACUUUUUUCCUCUAUAGUUCAUCACAGCUUCAUGAGAUCAGGGUUGUGUGUACAUAGAAGAGAGAAGAUAAUGGUAAAUAUAUAGAGCUGUUAUUAGCUUUUUGGCACCAUUAUGUAUGUUUUGUAUUAUUUGAUUUGGUUUAUUAUAAUUAUUAAAAAGCAUUUAAACCAA